UUGUCGUGACCACAUCUGGUCACACUGCUCGCAUAAGAUCAACAACUACUGCGGCCAUUCUUACAUUCUACUCCUAAAAAAAUUCCGAAAGUGCACUUAAAUAGCCCAAAAUAAUAACAAAACAUAAUAGUGACCGGACGAUGCAGCACCGCCAACAAAAUAAAGUGUGAAAACAAGUGAUUGAAUACCCGGAAAGUCGCCUCGCGAAGCGGGAACUAACGUGUUUGGCUGGCCUGUUUUUUCUCUCUCCUCUUUUUCGCCAACCAAAAACCAGGCUAACAGUGAUUUUUUCGCGGGGGAGGGGGUGCGACGAGCCAAAACCCGUAGUAAAGAAACCGCCCGAAAGGAGCGCCCACUUUGGCCAGCAACUUUAGCUCAGCUCCCCGAACCAAAAGUGAAGAAAAAAACAAAAAACUAAAAGGAAAACUUAAGUAAAACGGGGGCGUCUAUCGCUUGCAAGUGUGUUGGUUAGUCAGUGUACGUGUGUGUUGGCCAGAACAAGUUGGCUGCGCGUGUGUGCGUGUGAGGGGUUUUUUGAUGUCUGCGCUGUCUUUUUUCCCCAGCCGAGGUGAGCACACAGGUGAAUUAUCGGUGCAUUCGGCUGCCUUGGCAACAAUUCCAUAAAAACAACACAUAGAAAACAACAAUAACGACCACCCGCAAUAUAUAAUACAUACAUACACACGUUUAAAACCAAACAAAAUCCAGAAAAAUGCUCCGUUUUCUAAGCCGUCGCAAGGUGCGCAACAACUAUGUGGAUAAUUCGAGAGAGGGCGGCGGGGCAACUAGUUCCGCGGUGGGCGUGGCUGGGGGUGGUGGUGCCAUCACCUCCGGCGGCAGCUCACAAAUAAAGCCACAACGCAUCGUGGUCAACAAGAACAAAAUCGACUGCCGCGUCAUUCUGCUGGACAACACUGACCUUUCCAUCGAAUUAUCGAAAAAGGCAUUGGGCAGCUUUUUGUACGAACAGGUAUUCUACGCACUGGACAUCAUCGAGAAGGAUUACUUUGGGCUGCAGUUCAUGGAUGCCAAUCACGUCAAGCACUGGCUAGAUCCCACCAAGCCCAUCAAGAAGCAGGUCAAAAUUGGGCCGCCCUACACGUUCCGGCUGAAGGUGAAGUUUUACUCUUCGGAACCCAAUACACUGCGCGAAGAGCUGACCCGCUACCUGUUCUUCUUGCAACUGAAACAAGAUCUUCUCGAGGGGCGACUCGACUGUCCGGAGGACAAGGCCACCGAACUCUGUGCUUUGGCAUUGCAGUCUGAACUGGGCGACUAUGACAAUCAGGAGCAUUCCGCCGCCACCGUCUCGGAGUUCCGUUUUGUGCCCGAGCAAACGGAGGACCUGGAGAUAGCCAUACUAGACGAGUACAAGACGUGCCGUGGUCUCACACCUGCUCAAGCAGAAACGGCAUUCCUGAACAAGGCCAAGUGGCUGGAUAUGUACGGUGUUGACAUGCACACGGUGCUCGGAAAGGAUGGCUGCGAAUACCACCUUGGCCUUACGCCCACCGGAAUACUUGUUUUCGAACGCGAUCAGAAGAUCGGCCUGUUCUUCUGGCCCAAGAUCAGUAAGCUGGAUUUCAAGAAAAAGAAAUUGACUCUUAUUGUGAUCGAGGAUGACGACGAGGGAAGAGAGCAGGAGCACACCUUUGUCUUCCGGCUGUACAACGAGAAGGCGUGCAAACACCUGUGGAAGUGCGCCGUGGAGCACCACACCUUCUUCCGGCUUAGGGCGCCGGUCAAAGGCCCCUCCGCCCGUCAAAACUUCUUCCGUAUGGGCUCUCGCUUCCGGUAUUCCGGUCGCACCGAGUUCCAGACCACGCAGCAGAGUCGAGCCAGGAGAACGGUCCAAUUUGAGAGACGACCAUCGCAGAGAUUUGCUAGCCGUCAGUCGCACCUGUUGCGCGAACGUCAAAAGGCUUCCCAGGAGGCGGCGGUGUCGGCUGUGGCCUCGGUUAAUGCUCGAGCUGCUGCCGCUGCGGCUGCCGCAGCCGCAUCCCAAUCGCCUGCACCGGCUACUCCCUUAGUAUCUUCCCAAGUAUCGACACCGACUCCUAACAACGAUAACAAUAACGACGCCUUCGACUCGCUCAUUUCCACGGAUCAGUUCAUCACUGUUACACCUUCGCCUUCGGUGCUUACUGUCAUUCAAAACUCUGCCAUUAUUGAACCGGAUGCGGCUUGCAGCGGCUCCAUCAGCUCCUCAUCCCAGGCAGCAGCCAACUUUGCUUCGCUGGGUCGCAACUCCCUCAAGUCCAACUUCAGCAACGAGGAUCCGGCGUACAGCAAGAUUGGAUCUAUUGGCAAGGCGUCAGGAUUGACUGUGAAAUUGGAUCCAGACUACACACCACCAUACUCACCGAACGCCACUAAGAACUUUGAUGAAACCAAUCCAUUUAGAAAUGCAACGAGCUCCCACCACGGCAGCUUUGGCAAGGCUUCCAUUAGCUCCGGUCAGCUCAGUGUUAAGAGCGGCUUGUCGGAUAAAGAUAGAGAGCUAGACUCAUUGCUUAAGUCCAUUGUCAAAGAUCCAUCCCCAUCAGUGCUAGCAAACGAAGCCAUUAAUGAUGCUAACAGUAUCAGGGUGACUAUCAACAAGACCUUCGACAUGGACCACAACACGGAGACACUGAAGCGCCUCUCGAACGCCAACGAGAAACCCAAUAACCAAGUGAAACUGGCCAAUGUGAACACCACGGCCCUGCCGCCUGGCAACAUCAAGUGCAAUAUUUUAAAGGCUCGCGUUGAGGAGGAGCUGGGUGCCGGAGGCAACGCCAAGCUUACCAAUCAGAUGUUCGUACCGGCCGCCCACAGCAGCAACAUGCACACGAGCAACACAAACAGCAGCAACAACCAUGCACACAGCGAUGGACCGGAUUCCCUGAACGCCACCUACAUAUCAGUGGGAGGCGAUAAGCUGACGCUCAGCAUACCGGAACAGAAGCCGUCGACGGGUAGUAGCAGUAGUUCCAGCACUUCGAGCACCGCUACCACCACCACCAAUGGAAAUGGACCCUAUAGUAAUGCCACCUUUGUGUCUGGAUUCAGUGCACCACUCACUCCGCCGUCGUCGCUGCCUGCGAAUCUGAAUAAUACCGGAAGCGGGUGCAAUACAACCCUUACCAGUGUGACCACCAUCAGCACGCCCAGCAGCCCCACCGCCACCGUUAGCACGACCGCCUCGGAGUCAGUGGCUCCCGCUUUGAGCAACGCCUCGGCCGCCGAAAUACUCAUUAAUGAAAUAUUCAUUAACAACAUCAUAAACAAUAAUGCCAGCGGCAGUAUCACUGCCGAAACUGCUGCCAAGCCGGCGGGCAGCUCGACGCCCAGUGCCGGCACCUUGCUCUUCUCCACGCUCAGUGAACAGGAGCGCUUGGAAUCGCAGAAAACCAACCAGCAGAUGAAUCAGAGUCUAAAUCUGAAUCAAAACCACAGUGAAGUCGAUGCGCCGCCGAGUGAAAAGGUUUGAGCACCUGCGAGCUUAUGUCUACGCUUUUACUGUCUGUCUUUAAACUGGCCUCAACUAUUAACUAACGUUUUGCUAUACUCUUGCAGAAGAAAACUCCGAGCAAUUAUCCGGACAGCAGUCGCAUUCCGUUUCCGUCCAGCAGCAACAGCAAAGACAUGGUAUCGCCCUGGCUGGUUUCCUCGGAGGUGGUAUCGGCACCCAAGGGACGCGAGUCGGCCAUCAUUCGAAAAUCCGUUAUUACAACCCAGUUGUAAUUAUUGUUUAACAGUAACCCCUACUCCGCGUAUAAGCUAAAUGUUCUAAUUUAUAAUCGGUAGCUAUGGAAAUUUAGGCAGACGUAACGUAUUCGUAUUUUAUCGUAGACAAACUUAGACGAGUUUUAAGCAUUCCAAGCGAGAGCAACGACAAAAAGACAAUGAGAGAGCAGGUCCAAUCAAAAGCAUACUGUCCCUAAAUGUGCCUUAAUGAUCUAUAUUUAUAUACUUUACAUAUAUCAUAUACACCGAUGCGAUAUCGAGGAACGAAAUGUGCUAAACCGUGUACUUAAUAAAGUAUUCAACCGCUAACUGUAAGUGUAUAGACUGGAUUUUUAACAGAAAAUAAAAACGUGAUGUUGGGCGUUCUGCUUAAUAUACUAGGCUUAUAUUAUAGCUAAGAGAUGUGAGGACCGUUUAAUGUGCAGUAUUCCAAUUAACAACUAGCAGACCACUAAGAACAACGAAAUUUUAAACUGCAGCCACAAAAUUGACUGAAAGUAUACAAAUCGAAAUGAGCUGAAUUGAAUGUAAUUGUGCGAGUAUUUUUGUAAAUGUAUUGUCCGCCGGGGGUCCCAGAACCGAAAAAAUGACUUACCACACACCAACGAAAUGUUAAGUGCAAGCAAUCCACUCAAUUAUUUUUUGUCUAAGCAUACAGCAACGAUGUUGAAGCAUUUAAAUGUAUAAAAUAUUCAAUAAAAAGUGCAUUUAUGCAUCAUGUAUACAGUACAACAU